UCGUGAUUGCUCCGGUGGGCGUGGUCCGGGAUAUCAUGAUCAAGGCGUACAAGGCAGAAUACAUCAACGGAGAGUUUGUCUUCUUCUCUGUGCACUUGUUCAACAACAUGUGGCGCUUCGGGGACUCCUCCUGGAAGAGGGGAGACGAAUUUGACACCGAAGCUAAGAAGGCGUUCGAGGCUCUGAUGACGUUUCGUUUAUUCGAACCAACAAGCGACGAGUUCAGAGAUUUUCAGGAAGACUUGGAGCUGCGUCGUAAGCGCGAUUUUAAUUGGACAAGUCCGCCAGGAGAUGACUUCAACUUCUUUACAAGUGCCUUCCAUGACGUCAUCAUCUUGAUUUCUCUCGCCGUCAACGAGACUUUGGGCGAGAGUGGCAACUUGUCCGACGGCUACACGCUCACCAGAAAAAUGUGGAACAGGACAUUCGAGGGUAUCUCUGGCUUGGUCACGGUCAAUGCGAACGGUGAUCGCGACGCCGACUACUCUCUAUGGGACAUGACGGUGAACGGAGAAUCGACGGUUGUGGCUAAUUUUUACGGUGCGACGGGUGAGUUGGAGUUUGUGGGUGAUAUCGCCUGGCCAGGAGGGGCUACCGACCCCCCGCCUGACACUCCGUUCUGUGGCUUUGAAAACGAAAAUCCUGCCUGUCAGAUACAAGACUCUGUCUUGACGAUAACCAUUAUCGUAUCGUGUUGUCUUCUCCUGGGCGGGAGUGCCGUCAUCCUUGCAGUUUACAGGAAGUUAAAAAGAGAUGCCGCUAUCCAAAGUAGGGCGUGGCAAAUAAAGUGGGAGGAGCUACAGAUGCAAAGUGACCACGCCCGUGGAUGCAGAACCUCUUCGUUUUCUCUUGGGAGUGUUUCUUUAAAAACGGAAGAAGGAAAACAGGUUUUUACCCAGACAGCAUUUUACCAGGGUCGAACUGUUGCUGUCAAGAGGAUCUCCCAAGAUGAAGUGAAGAUGAAUAGAGAGAUUCUCAUUGAGCUGAAAAACAUGCGGGAUUUGGAGCAUCCCAACUUGGCAAGAUUUAUCGGAUUGUGCGUCGACGUUCCUAACGUGGCCAUCGUCAACGAGUAUUGCCCCAAAGGAAGCCUGAUGGACAUUCUUCAGAACGAUUCCAUCAAACUUGACUGGCUCUUCAAGUACUCCCUUAUCAGUGACGUCAUCAAGGGAGUGCAGUACCUUCACCGCAGUGAGCUGUCAGUCCACGGCCGACUCAACUCCUCCAACUGCCUCGUGGAUAGUCGAUUCGUCCUCAAACUUAUCGACUUUGGCUUGCCGUCCCUCCGAGAGGGCGCUUCGCAGACCCUCGGUGACCACGCCCUUCUGACGAAGUCGCUUUAUGGUGCCCCAGAGCUACUCCGCGAUCCAAAGCGAGGCCCAACCAAAGAGGGCGACAUUUACAGUGUAGGGAUGCUCAUGGGAGAAGUUGCAACCAGGCAGGGACCGUAUGAGGCCGAGUCGAAGAACAUGGAACUAAGUGAGAUUGUUGACAAAAUCAAGUGUCCUCCUUCCGGCAGCCUGAGUCAACCAUUCAGACCACAGGUUGCCGGCGAGAACGUCGACUCCAGUAUAUCCGAGUUGAUCAAAGCGUGUUGGGCGGAAGACCCUAAAGACAGACCUAAUGUCAACUCGCUGAACGCAUCCAUCGUCAAAAUCAACAGAAAGAAGAACACAGGCAAGGGUAUCCUAGACAACCUGCUGAAUCGGAUGGAGCAGUACGCCAACAAUCUGGAGGAGUUGGUGGAGGAGAGAACCGCAGCCUUCCUGGAGGAGAAGAAACGAGCUGAGACUCUGCUUUAUGAGCUCUUACCCAGGGUCGUAGCAGAUCAGUUGAAGCAAGGCAAGGCCGUCGACCCGGAAUCUUACGACAGUGUCACCAUCUUCUUCAGUGACAUCAAAGGGUUCACUGAACUCUCGGCACAGAGCACGCCUAUGGAGGUGGUCAUGUUACUGAACGAUCUGUACACCUGUUUUGAUGGCAUCAUUGAACAUUUUGAUGUGUAUAAGGUUGAGACUAUUGGGGACGCCUACAUGGUGGUGUCUGGUGUGCCAGUCCGCAAUGGCAAUGCGCAUGCGCGUGAGAUUUGCAACAUGGCGCUGGCCUUGCUUAAGGCAGUCGGCUCCUUCAGGAUUCGACACAAAAGAGACCAGAAACUUCAUAUGCGGGUGGGAAUACACACAGGUCCGUGCGUAGCUGGCGUGGUGGGGCUCAAGAUGCCUCGCUAUUGUCUCUUCGGAGACACAGUGAAUACGGCAUCUAGAAUGGAAUCAAACGGAGAAGCUUUGAAGAUCCACAUCAGUUCGGACACCAAGGUCAUUUUGGAGGACUUUGAAGGCUUCAACAUUGAACUCAGGGGUGCAGUAGAACUAAAGGGAAAGGGCGUCCAAACCACCUAUUGGUUGCUAGGCAGCAGUGACAAAUGUGUGAAUGCGGUUACCGAGAGCGAGUUCACCUAAUUAUAAAAAUAUCAUUGAAAUAUUAUACGGACUCAUUUGCGAUUAUUGUAAAUACAUGUGUAUUAAUAUACAUUUUCACAGGCCUGGUGUUUUCAUCCACAAAUGGGGCAUUUGCUUUCAAUCUUUUUACCCUUGCACUUGUAUAUUGAAAUAUCACAUCACAUGUACUUUGUCUUAUAUAAACUAUAUAAAUUAUAUUUUAUUUCCAUAUACAUUGUAUUCAUAAAAUAAUAUAUGCCCUACCUAUAUUUUCAUAUAUUUUCAUAAUUGUUCGUUUUCAAAUCAAAAAUCAACCUUUUCUGAGGACAAGGAUUACGAAUUUGGCACAAAGGAUGG